AUGGAGAUUCCAUUGGGUGCUCGCUUUCAACCUUUUGAUUACGACGUGCUCAAGUUUCUCUUCAAUUUCGUUACGGGGAGGAGUUGUGUGGACGAUGAAGCGCUGAUUCAUCAGGAAGAUGUGUUCGGUGAGAAGGAGCCAUGGGAGUUAGUUCCGUCGGGGAAAAAAAUGGCGUAUUUUCUGACUAGGUUGAAGAAGAAGGCCAAGUCCAUGAAAGGAUCUAGGGUUCAGCGAACUGUGGGGAGAAAGAUGAAGGGAAAAAAGCCGGGCACUUGGCACGGCCAAGACAUCGGUAAAGCGGUGGCGGACGAGCACGGGAGGUUUCUGAUGGGGUAUAAACGGAGCUUCCUCUACAAGAACAAAAGUGAAGCGGAACAAGACGGAAAGUGGCUGCUGAAAGAGUUCUACCUGUCGGAGACGAUGAUCAGGAGAGUUAGGGCCGAAUUUCCUAUUGUGGAAGAGAGAGCAGAUUUCGUGCUGUGUCGCAUAGAGCGAAAGAAAAAAGAUGAUGAUGAGGAUGAUGAUAAUGAUGAAGAAGAUGAUGAAAUAACGUUGGAACAAGGCGGCACCAACAACAACCUUUCCGAGGCUAUUGUUUCCGUUCCCGUUCCGUGGAUACAUUAUUGGCACCGGCGGAUAACAUGA